AUGAGGGACAGGCAGACAGACAGACGGACGGACGGACGGACGGAGCGGGGAGCGGGCGGGAGGGGGCGGCGGAGGAGGAGCCGGAGGACGGCGCGGGGCGCGUUCCCUCCCAGCAGCCGGGCGCCCGCGUCGCUGCCACCGCCGGAAGACAGACGCCCCCCGAAGCCCCUCGCCUGGCUCGGACCCACGGAGCCGGCAGCCCAGCACUCCGAUGGGAGCUUGCCUGAUUGUCUGCCCAUCGGCCUGGACCCCAGAGCCCGCCCAGCUGAGUGUGUGCAGAGGGCCCCAGGUGAGGGGCUAUACUCAGGCCUCCACGGAGACCACCCUGGAGACGCUGGUGAAGACGAGCCGUUCCUGCUGAGCCAGGCCUCUGCACAACCUGCUCAGGAUUGGUAUGAAGAAAUAAAUGAAGCGAUGCCUGGACAGCUUCCCACCCAGUGCCUGGCGCGCAGUAGGUGCUCACUAAACCUGAGCUGCGAUGGUCCUUUCCAGGCGCUGUCCACACUCCAAGGCCUGGGCUCAGGCCGAAGUUGCUCUGCAACAUCCCCAGCUGACAGCCAGCGACUGGCAGAGCCCCCAGGCACGGGGGCCCUUUCUCUCCCAGAGAUUUCCAGUGUGACAGCCCAGGCGGCAGAGCCGAGGCUUGAUCUGAAGUGGUCACCUCAUCGAGCUAAUGGGCCUCUCUGA